AUGUCUGAAAUUGUUGACGACAAAUCCGAACACUGCAUACCGUUCGUACUAUCCCGAAUCGAACAACACCGAAAGCAGUAUGAGUCCAGAGGAGAAAAGCCACCACCAUUCUUCGUAGGCUUGAAUGGCGUACAAGGCGCAGGCAAAACGACAUUGGUAACCACCCUCUCCCAAAUCCUCUCCUCUCCACCUCACGAUCUCAACGCCUUGGUCCUGUCAAUCGACGAUCUCUACCUCCCCCAUGACCAACAAGAACGACUCGCAUCCUCUCACCCACAGAAUCCUCUGGUCCAACAUCGAGGUCAACCCUCCACCCAUGAUAUCGCCCUCGGUGCCGAGAUCUUCUCAGCUCUCGACGCGAGGAUGCCGAAUAUCAAAGUGCCGAGCUACGACAAAUCCGCUUUCUCCGGAACUGGCGACAGGAGGCCUGAGAGCGAGUGGGAGAUUCUAAAUCAUGAGUAUCGCCCGACAGUCGACGUCAUCGUGUUUGAAGGCUGGUGCGUUGGUUUUCGUGCUUUGACUGACCAAGAUGUGGAGAGGAAGUGGGAGGCGGCUAAGCAGAUGUUCGAACGUGAUGGGGAGAAGUACUUGGGUCAGUUGGGGAAGCUGCAGUUGCAGGAUGUGUUGUUUGUCAAUCAGGCUUUGAGGGGGUAUGAUGUUCUGACUGAUAGGUUUGGAGCGUUUGUGCAUAUCGAUGCUGAAGAUACGCAGUAUGUCUACGCCUGGCGUCUACAGCAAGAAGCUGCUCUGCGAGUUUCAAAGGGCACGGGCAUGACUGAUGAGCAGGUUGUUAAUUUCGUGAACGGCUACUACUCAGCCUACGAGCUUUACACAGAAGUCCUACGCCAUGGCAUCUUUCCAGGGCAAGAGGGCAAACAAUUACGACUAGUCGUUGGCAAAGACAGGCGCGUCAAGGAAGUAUAUAAGAUUUGA